UAUUAAUGAUAAAGAAACUUGAUAUUCUGGGCAUGGAGUCAUUGACGAUCAUGGUAUGGACGAUAACAAUUACGAUGACAAUGAAAUAACUGAAAUGGACUGUAAAGAUCUUGCCACAGAGAGCAAACCCAAUCGUCCAUUCAAGAUUUGUAGCAUGUCGCGAGAUAACAGAAAAGGCAUUGUCUGUUCUUCACUUGAAGAACUCAAAUGUUUAUCUCGUAGUCGACUGGGAUUGAACGAAGAUUGUCGUGUUUACUUGGAAUGUGAUGGUACUGAAGUGGACAGUGAGGAGUACUUUCAGUUUUUGCCUCCGCAAACCUUGUUUUUAGUUGCAAAUAGCAACGAACAUUGGGAACCUGGUGACAGUAAUUCUGGAAAGAAAUUGGACAAUGGACGAAUAACAGAAAGUCAAGAAAGCUAUAGUGGUACUGAUAAAGUGGAUGGCCCGGUGCGGUUAUCUAGCUCUUUACAACAAAGAAUCCUUAAAGACCCUUUAUUUUUUGUUUCUAUGUCAACAGAAGACCUAGAACUUAUUUCAGAAUUUGGAAUGGAAAAUUUACCCAACCAAAUGAAUAUUUCCAUGGAUCGUGCUCGAUUAAUCUAUGAUAAUUGUGAGCUGAACUGUCCAGAAGAACUGACAUAAAAGAAACACGUGACUUACUGGACCUUUGCCAUAAGGCUAUCUACAAAUUCAGCAAAGACAACAAAGAUUAUCAACCACAAAAUGCAAAGAAGCCUAAAACAUCAAAUGACUAGCACAUUUAUUUGGGUUUCAUUUGUUAUGGGAGAAAUAGAAAACAAAUUUUUUGUGGGUUGGUUGGAAUUUUGAAGCAGGGAUGGAUGUGGGAUGAUUUUGUGGGUAGGAGAAAGGGUUCUCUAGUUUGAAUUAAAUUUUGGUGGCUACUUUGGCAGUGUCACCAUGCAUUGUUUUGGCUGUUCCAUUUCCUUAUA